UACGCCGUCGUCCGUCACCAAUACCGGUACUCAUUUGCUUGCAUAUUGUAAAUGUUUUUAAACUCUAAUUACUAAGAAUUACUGUGAAACCUCCUUACAAACUAGAUUCGAUUAAAAUUACAAGUGCAAAUAACUUUAAUAACCUGCUAAUCAGUUAUUGAAGAAUUAGACAUCCCGUCAUUCGGAUCACUGACGCGAGAAUGUCGAAUGACAACGACGCGCCAUUACCCGAAGGAUGGGAGAUGAGAACCAGUCGUUCUACCGGCAUGACUUACUUUCUUAAUAUGUACACAAAGAAAUCCCAAUGGGAGCGCCCUGAUGCGCCUGCAGACCCUGGCGAUGUAAGAUGCAGUCACAUUCUCGUUAAACACGCCGAAAGCAGGCGACCGUCGUCAUGGCGCGAAGAAAACAUUACAAGAACGAAGGUGGAGGCUCUAGACUUACUUAAAAGUUACCGCAAACAGAUUGUUUCUAAUGAUGCAUCAUUCACUGAUAUGGCAACGAAAUAUUCAGACUGCUCGUCGGCUAAACGGGGAGGAGAUUUAGGCAUGUUUAGUCGAAGUCAAAUGCAGCAAGCAUUUGCUGAAGAAGCAUUCAAAUUAAAAGUCGGUCAGCUAAGUAAGCCAGUUGAGACGGAGUCAGGUUACCAUAUUAUAUUAAGAACGGUUUAAGUUUAAUUAGAUCUUUAAUAGUAUAAAACUGAUAUUGAUAUAAGAUAAGAAAUUGGAAUAACUUGAAUGAUGAGUAGUUUUUUGUUUAUAUGUAUCUUUAAUAAUAUUUUAGAGAUAAAUACUCUUUAUAAAUUUGCUGAAGUGAUAAAUAUAUUUCUUAUGCUAGAAUUACAUUCAGUAAUAUUUUCUUACAGUAUAUUAUAGAUGAACUUUAAUAGAAAACCUAUAGAGCUGGCAAAGUCAGUCAUAUUCAGUCAGUCAGU